AUGUCAGAGUACGCAAUUCAAAGAAAGGCAAACCUGGACACAUUUACUCCAAACAAAGUGCAAUUUUACGAGUCAGACUCUUUGCAUGCUAUCUUGAUUGGAGCUACGAAGGCUGUGCUUCAGUAUGAUCUUAAAGAUCGGACCAAAGUUUUCAAAACGGAGCAAUUAGGCGAUUACAGGCUUCCUGAGUAUGGAUUAGUCAACUAUCUUCCAGAUAAAGAAAGUGAGGAUGACAUCUCUCCGUUGUUUCGGAGAGAAAAUAUACGUUAUAUGGAUUUUGCAUGCGGUACAGGUCUUCUUGUACAAAACCUUGCUCCAUACAUUAAAAGUGGCACAGUGAUAGGAAUUGAUAUAUCGGAAGCGCAAAUUGAUGCUUUUAAGAGCAAGAUUCCGGCAAUUCACAGCCUCAAUUCUAGGCUGGUCGUUAAACCAUACAAAUACGAUAUUAUAGAUCCAGAGUUCAAUAGAAAGAACCACCUUGAAGUUCCACAGGAGCUUCAAUAUGGAUCAUUUGACAUUAUCACGACUACCCUUUCGUUCCACCAUUUUUCCGCUUUGAAACAGAUUGUGGUGGAGUUGAAGAAAUACCUCAAAAAAGACGGCUGCUUGAUUGUUGUCGACAUGUACGAUCACAAAGAUGAGUAUAACAGCAUUCAAGGUGCAGCUGAAACGAAUCUUAACUCAGCUGUGGCACAUAAUGGUGGAUUAUCCCCCAAACAGAUGCACGAAAAGUUAGAUCCGAUUGGAUUUUCAAGUAUUGAAACGGGUAUCAAGUACUUGUACGAGCAUUGGUGCAACCACCAGAACUUGUACAACCAUCUUCCUCCUCCAGUUGUGGCCAAAGCGCUUAAAAAUGCACCAAAGAGACAAAGAGCUGGUCAAACGGAGUAUUUGGUGACGCGAUCACUUGUUUUGGCAAUCUGUAGAAAGUGA